UCUGUCAGAAUCGAGCAGCCGGAGAAGCAGCCCGCUGACCGGUUUGGAAUAAGAAAGCACUUGGAGCUCCCUUUUGAAGCGGGUUUGCGAAUUGCCGGUGGGGCCCAGGCAACCCAAACCAGCAGCAGCUCUGCACAGCAGCGUGCCGGACGUCGUAACAUGGACAUUCCGUCCGUAUGUGUGACUUGGAAGUGCGUUCCCGCAUCUUCUCAAUGCCGUGACAGAUAGGUGUGCGUGGAUAAGCGGGUCUCAUCACCGGAGCAUCUCCGAGUGCCUGUUGUUUCCAACAUUUUUUCUUCUUUUUUUUUUCCCCGAAUGUGCGGAAACGUCGUCGUCGCCUGUUGUGCUUGUUAAGUGUGUGGAUAACGAUUGCGGUUUCUCUGUGCUCAAACAACGUGAGGUGACACCGCUGCACGCUGCGAUAUCGACGUGACUGGCGAAGCAGAAGGUAUCGAAGAAGAAACGAACCUCAAAAGUUAACAGAAACCACAGACUGCAACAUCUCUGCAUUACUGCAUUACUGCAUUACGGAACAACACAGAUACGAUGACUCGUCCGAACCUCAAGCCCCUGUUGAGUUCAUUCGUUGUUAUGGUCAUGUCUACAGCGAGGUCAUACGCCACAGAGAGCACAUCUCACUGUUCACAAGAACACACAUCAUACGAGAGGAUUUCUGGGUUCAAAGUGGCCGACUUCAUUGGGGGGCUGAAAACCCCAAAGCCUCAGACGUCAGCAGAGGACUGCUACAAGAGGUGCCUUGAAGACGAUCGGUGUCGAGGGUACAGCGUCAACCAUUUGAGGCAGGCUUGUGCGCUCACGUGGUUCGACGUGGCCAAUCGUUCCGAUUAUCUGCUGCCAGACCCCAACUGGAGCUUCCAUCGGAAGAUAUGUCUUACAGAAAACCCGUGUCUCAGGCACUGGUCUUUUGAACGCGUUCCUGGAUACCAACUUCUGGGAUUCGAAGACAAGUCUGUUCCAGGUGUUGUCAAUCAGGACGCCUGUCUACAGUUAUGUACUUCGGAGAAGGCUUUCGCGUGCAGGUCGAGUAGGUACCAGACAUCCAAGCAGCGCUGCGUCCUGAGCAGGCAUGACCGCAGGACGGCCGCGGAGGCUUUUCGGAGCGCGGGCGGAAGCACUGACGUCAUCUACAGCGAGAAUCAAUGCGUCUCUGAACCGCAAAAGUGCCAGUUCAGGUCCAUGCACGGCCGUGAUCUGAGCAGUGGUCACGUAUACGUGGACGAGUCGGCCACAUCACAUACUCUGUGCCAGGAGUCUUGCAUGAACCACACGGACUUCGUCUGUCGGAGUUUCGUCUAUGACCAAUCGCGUCACCUCUGUCUUCUAAGCCCGGACGACAGCUACACUACUCUACACGACGUCAACUUUGAGGUCUCCAGUGAUACGGACAGACGAUUGUACGAGAAAGGCUCUUGUAUUGACGUGGAAAUGCGCUGUGAAGCCACAGCAAUGACGGCCAUCAUUCACGUCACAUCUUCCUUCCGAGGCAAGGUGUAUUCCGUUGGCCACCCGCACCAGUGUUACUCCACAGCAGUCACAGAUACGGGACACGUGGCUCUAACCGUGCCGCUGCAUGGCCGACAGUGCGGCACAAAGAACCUGGGUAAUGGUACGUUCCUGAACAGCAUCGUUGUACAGCACCAUCCGUAUGUUCUUCAAAGCAUGGACAGGAGAAUUGACAUCUCUUGUGACUACGAGGAAGUUGAGAGGACACUCCGCGGCGGGAAGCAGGUCCUUGAAGGGGACCUACAGAGCUUGACCCAAGUGAUCACGGGUCUAGCCCCAACGCCCCCGGUUCGACUGAAGGUUGUCAACGGGUCGGGAGAUGAAGUCGCUGGCGUUGACUUGGGUGACCCUCUUUUUCUCAAGGUCGAGAUGCAGGACGAAGCUGUGUUCGGCAUAUUUGGAAGCACGUUGACGGCCAAAAGCGGCGAAGGAAGUGAAACAAUCCUACUCCUCGACGAUAAAGGAUGCCCCGUGGAGCCAUCUGUCUUUCCUGGAUUCGAGCGGGAGCCUUCUUCCAAGUCAUUGCUAGCGCCGUUCCAGGCAUUUCGCUUCGCUUCGGACAGCACUGUCAAGUUCCAGAUGACUGUGUCCUUUUGCCUCGAUGUCUGCCCUCCUCCUAAGUGCGCCGGUGAAGAGAACGACCUUGGACGAGGUGCUGGAAGGCGCCUGCACCGGCGGUCUGCUCCGGCGCCUGUUACGGCGGACAAGCAUGCCUUCGAGCUCCAGACGGGAGAUAUUGUCACAGAUGUCACCAUGGAAAGUGCUCUCUUUAUAGUCAAGAACCUCACCCCUGCGCCACAAACAUCCGAUGGAUUCCGCAAUGGAGACUUGCCAAAAGUGACUGAUGAAACAGCGAGCACCUCAAGCGGCAUAUGCCUCACCAGGCCUGUGGUUUACACUCUGGCAACCUUGAUUGGCGUCGUACAGCUCGUCAUCUUCAGCGCCUGUUGCCUGUUGCUGUUCGUCAACCGAAAGUGGCGACUUACUAGGAAACGCCUGGCAACAAUGCACUCGAGCAGCCGAGCCUCUGUGUCCAGCAAGUCGGAACUCUUUCUCAGGACGUAGCAGCAACCAGAGCAGCAAUUUCUUUUCGAGCGUCCAUUGCGUUAGUUUCGGUAUCGAACAUCGUAAGGAAGCAUAAGUCGAAACCGGGACGGAAAAUGCCUUUGUAAAUUCAAACCUUGUCAACUUGUUGUGUCUCACUGGGCCUAAGCUAGUGGGAAGGCGUGAUCCACUAGCUGUGUCUAUUGGGCAGCGGUGAGCGUGUUAUCAACCAUACGCGUUAAUCAAAAUAGUUUUUUUAUGAUGCGCUAAGAGUAUUCCCUGAAAAUGUUAAAAAUGAUGGAAUAUUUACGAGUGGGAAGAGAAAGCAGGUACAGAUUCGACUUAUCUAAGCUUUGCGGGAAUUUCAUAAGUCUAGAAGUCGCGAGAGGUAAAUCGCCCCUUAGAAGUUCAGGAAAGCCGAUGCCUGCAUUUACUGAAGGAUAAGUGCAACCCUUCUUGAGCAAAGCAACAACUCGUGUCACACACACACAGCGCAACCUGCAGCUUCGGCACAUCGACAUGAUAGGUAAAUCUGGUUGAGGCUUGACUAUUUUCUCUGAUCUCAUUCCUACUUUCAAACCCCACUUUCCCCCUUUGUUUCCUUACUGUCGAUGCGGCCGAAGCAGCAGUUGGUAGGAGAUCCCCAGCGACAUUUUUCAGCUUGAUGAACCCACUAUACAGACUGUAAACUGCGUUAUGCGUUGAUGGUUUUGACUUGCAGCGAAAAUGGUGGGAAACUGUCAAUCAUGGAAAGAAAAAGGGGGCGUCGAGUUUUCGUCUACGAGAUGCUGCCUCGUCGCACUUCCUUGUAGGUUUUACGUUUGCCCAGUAGGAUUUGGGUGAGAAGUUGUUGCUCAAUCCCGUGUAUAAAAAAUAAAGGAAAAGUGCGUUGUCAACAUACUGGCAGAUCACGCAUCGGUUUAACAAAUUGUGUUUGGCUCACAUUCCAAUUUCUUUAACCGGUGUUUUUCUGUUGAGACGACCAGGUAGGAGUUUACUGGUCCCUUCGUUUUUUUUUUGUUUUUUUUUUCUUUCACGUGAUAUGUUUGCGUAUUAUUUCUUAGUGUUCAAAGCCUCGGGAAUGUGUCUAGCGUGCUCUAUUUUUUGUACUUUUCCCUCUUUAGCUACUUUGGGCAGAAAGGUUUUUCUCACGCCUGUAUUGUCAGCGAUGCUACAGGGACAUCUUGACGGUCUUUCUGUAUUGUCUGCGUUGUACCUUCAUGUUAUUUAUGCUCGAUAAAAGGCUUUUUUUUUUGUUUACCACCGCCAUGUAAAGUACAAGUUCCAUGCUGAAUUUUGUGCUUCGCUUGCUUUCUGCUGUACUGAAGGCAAGCAGACGUCCUCUAGGGUGUUGUGUAUGAGCGGAGAGUAUAGGAUUUCGUUGUGUAGUGCUCUAGUCUUAUCUCUAUUUUCUAUUGUCUUGUUGUUUCCUGUUUCCGAUCACUAUUUUGUAACGAAGACGAAACGCAAUAAACUCGAAUAAC